AUGCUGAUCAAUACGUUUCUGGACACGGAAGAUUUCGUGCAUUUAUAUUACCCCGAGGAUGAGCCACCCGCGGCCCAAGGUUGUGCAGCCGGGGCCCGAAUGGCAUCCAAGUACCCGAGGCCGCCUUCGCCGGACUAUAAGGAGGUAUCGACGCUAACGGCGACGUGCGACAUGAGCGAGCGGGACCGUGAGCGGCGCGGCGCGCCGCCCGAGCCGCCGCCGCAUCGUGUACGCGCUGCUGACUUGUACCCGCGCACGCGCACGCAUUACGACGAGCCCGGCCUAGAGCCUGCGCUUGCGCCAAUAUGUGGCGAGUUUGUUCAGUGGGUGGGACGUACAUCAGAUGGCACGAUCGCGAUGUCCAACUACCGGCUUCACCUACACACGCGUCGCCGCGGCGGCUCCGGCCUCUCGGUGCCUCUGAGGCUCAUCGACGUGGUCGAGAUCCGGGAUCUGAUCACGCUAAUCAUUUUGUGCAAACAUGGAAGACAGCUCAAAUGUACGUUCAACGCGAGUGAACAAUGUCUGGAAUGGUGGAGGCGCCUGAGCACAUCCCUGGCCCCCAUCACUUCUCUGCAGGAUAUCUUCGCGGCUUCCUACGCCGCCUGGGCGAAAGAGCAGCCGCCUUCCUCCGUGCACAGAGCGUUACUGAACGCCUCCCAAGCGCCCCAUCAGAGACAUUGGUUCGGCUGCGAGUUGGAGCGAUUAGGAUUCACGACGAAGGGUCCGUGGCGCGUGUCCGCCGUCAACGCGGAGUACAAACUCUGCCCCUCCUACCCUCCGCUGCUCAUCGUGCCCGCUUCCAUCGGAGACGAGCAGCUCGAGGCCGUGGCCAGGUUCCGCACAAUGCGACGUAUUCCCGCCGUGGUGUGGCGUCACAGGAAGACGGGGGCCGUGAUCGCUCGCUCUUCGCAGCCCGAGGUGGGCUGGUUCGGAUGGCGCUCCGGGGACGACGAAGGCCUCCUGGCCGCCUUCGUCGGCGCCUGCGAUGCGGAUCGCACUACUCCCAAAAAGCCCCGAAGACUGCUAAUAGUGGACGCGCGGUCGUUCACGUCCGCGGUGACGAACCGGGCUCGGGGCGGAGGCUGCGAGUGCGCCCAGUACUACCCUCUGGCCGACAUUCAGUUCAUGAGCCUCCCCAACAUACACCACGUGCGCAAGAGUUUCCAGCAGAUGAGGGACCUCAUCGCGGACAACGAUCAGCCCAACUGGCACAGCGCUCUGGAGCGCACCCUGUGGCUGCAGUACCUGUCGGGGCUGCUGAGAGCGGCGUGCACGGUGGCCCGAGCGGCGGCCGACGGACAGCCCGUUCUCGUUCACUGUUCGGACGGCUGGGACCGCACGCCGCAGCUCGUGGCUCUGGCCCAGCUGCUCCUGGACCCCUAUUACCGCACCCUGGAGGGUUUCCGCACCCUCGUCGAACGGGAGUGGCUGGACUACGGCCACAAGUUCGCCGAACGAUGCGGGCACCAAGUGGGCGGAGAGGACCCCAACGAGAGAUCUCCCGUCUUCGUCCAAUGGUUGCAUCUCGUCCACCAACUCAUGUCGCAGUUUCCCGUCGCCUUUCAGUUCAACGAGGCCUAUCUCAUAAAGCUCGCCACUCACGUGCACUCGUGCAUGUUCGGCACCUUCCUGUGCAACAACCGUCGUGAGCGCGCCUCGGCCGGAGACCCCGGCCCGCACGUGUGGCAUCUGCUCGAGGCCCCCGCCUACCGGAACCAUCUCUACUUCCGCGACCAGGAGGAGCUGUGGCCCGAGUGCAGCGUGAGCGGGCUGCAGAUCUGGUGGGGGCUGUGGGGGGGAGGAGGCGCCCACGAGCCUCCGCCCGCCUCGCCCACGCCGCCCAGGCCCGCGCCGCCCCCGCACAACGGUGUCAUGACGAAGACGCGUUCGUGCGACAACCUGCUGAACGAAGGCGAGAAGAGAACUGCGCAGCGCCGCAACAGCGAUCCCAGCCUCGCACCCGACGCAAAGCUACUGAUGCUGAACGGGAGACCGGAGGAAGACAAAGUCGCCACAGAGUGUGAGAAAGCGUUGUCGGAUAGCUGCGUGGACUCUCUGCCUCCCUCGGAGCCCCCCGCGACCCAUCUGACGCUGGAUUUGCAGCAGGAAGAGGUGCAGUUACACGCGAACCACUUCCAUCCACCACCGAGAGACAUCGCCAGCAACUCUUCCUCGUUGGAGCGGGAACUGUCUCUGGUCCCCGACAAGGUCGACUCCGGCUCCGUCCUCGACGGCGUCGCGCCCGGCCUCGGGCCUGACGUCGCGGUCGACGUCACCGACGGUGGGUCGCCGGACACGGUCGACAGGGACGUGUUCGACCUCUACGCGGAUGUCAUCGAAAUAGCGGAUACCUCUAGAGAAGCCCGGACGCGGAACAUAAGCAUCACGUGGCGGUCCAUAUCCGAAUCUAGCAACCAGUCGUCGAACGGUUUCGAUAUUCCGGAAAACUCGCCACAGAACAGACUGGAACCCGUCGCGGCCCGACUGGAGAGAGCGAUCGACAACAGGAGCUCGUCCGAGAGAGACACUUCCCCGGACGACAGAAUAUCGUCCGACAGAGACGGGCCGGUCGCGGACGACCACGACUCCACGGAGGCCGACAUAGCGAACCAUAACGUCGUGAACGGCAACACCAAUCACAACCGGGAAGGUGUUGGCAACGGAGACGCGAACGGAAUCGUGAACGUCGCGGCCAAGUUUCUGGAAGUGGAAUUGAAUGGCGCGGUGUCGUCGAGCUCCGAGAGCGAGGGCGAGGGGCGAGCGCGAGAGGAGAGCCGCGCCGGCCGCGUGCCCAGCCAGCUCACGCUGUGUCCCGCUUCGCCCGGGCGGACCUACUGCCGCUGCGGAUCGGAGUCGGUGCCGAACGGCGUGUGCUGGUGCGGCGUGUGCGGCACGGGGACGGCGGGGGUUGCCGGGGGCUGCGUGUGCGGGGAGGGGGCGGAGAGGGAGUCGCGGGGGGAGAGAGACUCGCUCGACGGCCUGCCCCCGGCUGACGACCCCCUGCAGGCCCGACUGCAUCAGAUCAUCCUCUACCAGAAGAAAGUGGUAGACGAGCUGAACGUACAGUUACGAUCGGCUCACGAGGCUUUGAGGAGAGCGUCGCCGGCCGCCCACGCCCCGCCGCCCGCCCGGCAUCGGCCGUCUACGCCCGAACCGCCCAAGACGGCGAUCGGCAGCAGCAGCGGGGGCAGCGGCAGCAGCAGCGGCAGCGCCUCGGAGGUCGAGGUGGGGGAGGAGGCGAACGGCGUGCUCUGGCUGCCGGACAGUGCGGCGCCUCGUUGCCAGCAUUGCCGCAACCAGUUCUGGCUCGCGAGGCGGCGCCACCACUGCAGGCGUUGCGGAGGCAUCUUCUGCGGGUCCUGUUCGGAGAUGAGCUCGUGGGGCGACGUGGGGUCGGUGCGCGUGUGUCGCCGAUGCCGCGCCCUCAGGUGA